CUGCACCACAAUGAGACCUGCCGGAGACGCCAGAGCUUCCUGGAACCUGCUCGAACAAGCAAACAGCCUCGCCGACCUGAGGACCGCGAUCGGUCUGGAAGGAGAACCGUCUGCGCUCGCGAGCGGACAGCGGUCGGCAUGCUGGAAGGCAUUCCUCCUCUUUGAGAGCACGAACCGUGCGGAAUGGCCUCCCAUUCUGGCGGAUUCGCGCUCCGCCUACAACUCCCUGCGAGGGCAUUUUCUGCGCGCCAUUGACAAUCCCGACGAGGUGGAAUCGGCGCUGGACCCACUCAGCGAGAAUGAAGAAUCCCCAUGGGUUGCUCUCCGCAAAGACGAAGCGCUGCGCGCCGAAAUAUUCCAGGAUAUCGAGCGCUGCAUGCCGGACAACACGUACUUCCGCCAGCCCGACACGCAGAAGACCAUGCUGGACAUUCUGUUCAUCUUCUGUAAGCUCAAUCCCGACAUAGGAUACCGGCAGGGCAUGCAUGAGCUGCUGGCUCCGAUCCUUUGGGUCGUGGAGCGAGAUGCGAUUAAGACCAGCGGUGACUACGGCGAGGACCUCAUGCUGGCUUUGUGCGACGCGAGAUUUAUCGAGCACGACGCUUUCACGUUGUAUGGCCUUGUCAUGCAGAGCGCGAAGACGUUCUACGAGCCAUCGAGGACAAGCAACUCGGCCGACUCCCCGAUGUUGGUUCGAAGCCGGCACAUUUUCGAAGACUUGCUUCCGUUGGCUGAUCCGCAGCUGGCUGCGCAUUUAACGGAAAUUGAAGUGGCUCCGCAGAUGUUCCUGAUGCGUUGGAUGAGGCUGUUGUUUGGCCGUGAGUUUGCUUUCGACGAUAUGCUUCCGAUGUGGGACCUCAUCUUCGCCGCCGAUCCAACGUUGCAUCUGGUGGAUUUUGUAAGUAUAGCCAUGCUUUUGCGCAUACGGUGGCAGCUACUCGAAUCGGAUUCAAACGGCGCUAUUACUAUUCUGCUGCGCUAUCCACAGCCAGCUCCGGAACACCCGCCUCGGACCUUCGUCCAAGAUGCUGUACAACUGAAGCACGAUUUAAGUCCGGAAGCAGGAGCUCGUAUGGUGUCCAAGUAUAGUGGCCGAACACCUGUUAUACCUUCUCAACAGAGACCGCAGACACCACUCCUCGACAAACCUGGCAUCCCUCAACGACAGAAAUCCCCUUUCGGUACUAUCCGUGGACUUCAGGAUGCUGCGCGAGACAUCCAGGCUCGUGGUGAGAGAUGGGGUCUUAAUCAGGUCGUGCGGGAAGCCGUAGGCGAUUUCAAGAAGACUAUGAGAGAUAUCCAGAAAGAUAUCCAGGCGGCUCAAACUGCCACUGCGGGUAGAACAGUGACCCCAGGGGCGCCUAGAAAGGGCAUCGAGUCACUCUUGAUAGAGAAGGUCACGGCCCUGGAAGACCGCAACAAGGCGCUAGCAAAGAUGCUCGAGGGAGCCGUAGCCGACUUGUGGGACUGCCAAAAGGCAGCCGUUGAAAAUAAAGAGGCAGACAAGGCAACCGUCGACAAUCUCAGCAUGGCGAUUGCGAGAGUUCAGUUCGUCCAGGUGUAUUUGGAAGAUGCAAGCAUUCCUUUGCCGGUGGAGGAGCAAAAGCCAAAGGACAAAGAAGUGGACGCUUCCGACAAAGCCGCAAGCCCCCGCCCUUCGACAGAUACCACGAAGCCCUCGCCACUCGGCUCCAACAGCCCUGGACCCGCGAGCUCGGCUCCGCCACCACCCACAUCAACGGGAGGCAAAACGGACGAAAGCGCCGAAAGUACUGCUGCUUCUUCAACCAUAACUUCACCACCUCGGCCUGCAAGCAAAGCCAACAGCAGCACCACUCCCACCACCCCCAAGAACCCCAUCACAGCCGCCACAACCGUCGACCCUGCCGCCAGCACUCACCGCAACCGGCCUUCCUUGGCACAAUCCUCGUUCUCAUGGAUGCUAGGCCAAGAGGAGACGGCCGAGCCAGCCUCCAGCUUUGCCGCCGCAUCAAACUACAACUCGUGGAAACCGGUGGAUCGGCGACGCAAGGGGACAGCGGGGCGGAGCGGCAACGGUAGUAGCAGUGGUAGUGGUGGUGCUGGUGGGGCGGGGGGUGCGGGUAAGAGUAACGGGGAUGGUGAUGGCAGGGGAGGGAGCAAGUCCUUCUUGUUUGGGGACGAGGACGACGGGCUUACGGGGCCGGGGGGCGUGGGUGGUAGUAUGAAGAGUGUUUUUGGGAAGGGGAGGGGGAACAGUGCAGGCGCUGCUGAUAGGGCGGAGACGCCAAGCGAGGUUUAUGAUUUGGGCGAGUUGGAGGGCGCGGGUGGUGUGGGGGUUAGUGGGAGGAGGGUUAGUGGGUGUGGGAGUGGUGCUGGUACUGAUAGUGGUGCUAAGGAGGAGAAGGAGGAGGAGGGAGUUGAGGGUAAGGGCGAGAGCGGGAGUGCGUAGGCAGGGCUGAUGUUGUGAAUGUUGCAGGAGGGCGGGCAUGGUUUGAUGUUUUAUCACUGUCUUUUUUGUUCUUCUUCGCAGUCGGUCGCUUUUGUGCUGUUUCGCGUUAUGGUACCGCUUGUAGAACAGAUGAUAGAAAUAUACCUAUCAGUGUAGU